AUGUCAGAUUCCGUUGGUAGCUCGUCCAUCACGGUGCCAGAAGGGUUUACGCUUCACACGGAAAACACGUCCCACAUCCUGAUCUCAUCGAAGGAGGAGGCAUUUUUGAAUCCAGUUCAGGAAUUCAAUCGGGAUCUCAGUGUCGCGUGCAUCAGAGUAUGGAGCGAAGAACUGAAUAGGGAGAAGGAAGCAAAGUGGAAGCAGGCUCAGGAGAGACGAGCGAAAAGGGAGGCUGAAGGAGAGGUGAAGACGGUGCAGCAGAAGAAGGCAAAAACGGAAUCUACUGAACCGAGCAAUGAUCUCGAUGAUGGUUUACCAGGAGAUGUAUCUACCACCGGAGGUACAUCUGAAGGCAACAAACGAGAGUACCGACCCCAUAAAUUUGUGCUACUCGAAGCAUUGUCGGCAACUGGUCUUCGGUCUAUCCGCUAUGCAAAAGAGAUCCCCCUUGUGAGAUUCGUCAUUGCGAAUGACCUGUCUGCGUCUGCCACGGCUGCCAUGAAGAGAAAUGUAGAGCUCAAUGGUCUUGGACCCUCAUAUUCUGGUCCAGCUGAUAGCGCGUCAUCAUCUACGGUAUCGGAGCACCAGCCUCUCCCUGAUCGCGGAAAGGUGAGAAUCAACGAGGGCGAUGCAUGUGCGCUCAUGUACAACCAUCGCACAGAGAAGACACGUGUCGAUGUUGUCGACCUCGAUCCAUAUGGUACUGCUGCCCCCUUUAUCGACGGAGCUGUUCAGCACCCUACAGGACUUCUAUGCGUCACAUGCACAGAUUUGUCAGUUUUGGCGACGACAAAUUACCAUGAGAAGUGUUUCUCAAAUUACGGUGGUAUUCCUGUCAAGGCAGAGUACUGCCAUGAGGCAGCUCUCAGACUCGUGUUAAACACAUUGUCCACCUCGGCAGGCCGAUACGGAAGAUACAUCGAACCGCUCCUGUGUCUAUCUAUCGAUUUUUACGUUCGGCUCUUCGUCCGCAUUCACUCCGCGCCGAUAGAAGUCAAAAAGACUGCUAGGCAAGUUGCGUCAUGCUAUGAUGCUUUCUACGAGCAGCCGUUGGGCCGGACCGUGGAAAAAGUCCACGAACGUUCCGGCAACGUAAACCUCUUGUUCAAGACUCAAGCGGGCCCCCCUGUCCCACAAAAAUGUACCGAGUGUGGUUCUGCGUUGCAUGUUGCGGGUCCAAUGUGGUCCGGUUCAUUACACAAUAAUGGUUUCAUCUCAAAAGUGCUUGAGCACUUGGGGAGUAACCAAGACAGAUAUGGCACAGCGGUCCGCAUGAAAGGAAUGCUAACGGUGGCCAACGAGGAGUUGCACGUCCCAUUCUACUUUACCCCAUCUCGGAUAGCUGGCUACUUUCACUCUGUUUGUCCCCCUUUGGAUGAUGUGGCCUCUGCUCUCCUGAAUGCCGGUCACACCGUAUCGCGUUCACACGCCCUACCAGGCUCUCUGAAGACUGAUGCGACGCGUCAAGAUGUGCACGACGUCUUCAGGUCUUGGGUGAAGAAGCACCCCGUGAGAAUGGACAAGGUCUCUGAGACCUCUCUCGCGAGGCAAUUACUCGCAAAGGAAGCAAGGACGGAGGCCAAUUUCACCAGACACCCUCGAUCAGUGACGCAAGCAUCAAAAGUAAAACUCGUCCGCUACCAGCAGAACCCAGCUCCCAAUUGGGGCCCCGGUACGAAAGCAGACACCGGUACGAAGCGCAAACGCGAAGAGGAAAAUCAAUAG